CAAAUGUUAGCGGCAAUAUAAAAAGGCCAACACAACAAACUGGUGGGGCAUUUCUAAGCCAGGAACAUAGACAACAUGGAGUUUGUUCUUCUCUGUGUGUUCCUGCCACUGGUGACAGUGGCUUGGGAUGGGCAGUCAGACUAUUACUAUCCACAAUAUAACUAUGGGGAUAAUGAUGAGUGGGUUAACGUGUAUCGUCAGGGCUUCAACUUCCAGUGCCCCCAUGGGCAGGUGAUAGUAGCAGUAAGAAGCACAUUCAGCAAGGAGGAAGGCUUUGACAGACUGUGGAACUAUGCGUGCAUGCCAACCCCCCAGAGCCUGGGGGAGCCAACUGAAUGCUGGUGGGAAGAGAUCAACAGAGCUGGAACAGAAUGGUAUCAGACCUGCUCAAAUAAUGGCCUCGUGGCUGGGUUCCAGAGUCAGUAUUUUCCCUCAGUGCUGGAUCGGGAAUGGCAAUUUUACUGCUGCCGCUACAGCCGGAGAUGCUCAUACUCAUGUUGGUUAACAACAGAAUAUCCAGGACACUAUGGGGAAGAUGUGGACAUGAUGCUGUAUGCUUAUGAUCAUUACAUCCGAGGGGCCACUACAACUUUCUCUGCUGUAGACAGGGAUCGCCAGUGGAAGUUCAUUGUCUGCCGGAUGACAGAUUUCAACUGUCAGUUUGAGAAUGCUUAGACAUAGUGACUCUAUCAAACUUGGGGCGGGGGGAGGACGAAAAGGAAAAGGACAAUCUUACA